AGCGACUUCUACUGCCUUGUUUUACAACAACAGUCGUCAAUGCUGAACAAGGAAGUACCAUAGACAGUAAAAGGGAAGUACACUAUGGAGAGAGAUAAUGGUGCAAUCGCUUUAAUUAAAGCUCUUGGGUAUAAGAGCAGAGAGUGCUUGAAGAAAUGCAAAUGUGACGAAUUGCCUUGCCCUUUGCUCACCUGGUUGGUCUCAGAACUAAGAGAAAGUUUUCCCGAUGCUCCAGCACGGAGAGUUGGUGGUGCAGUUCUGGUCGGUGAGUUGAGGGAGAUGCUGAAGGAGAUGUCCUGUCCUCAAAAUGCUCUUAUAUCAGAGCACCUUUGCCCACUUCUGUUGUUCAGAGUGACUGAGUAUUUGGUGUCAGAGUUGAUGGCAGCCCGUAUGCUGACGUACAGAGAGCGCCAUCCAGAAGAUGCAGAUCAGAAUUGUGAGACAAAUGGCAAAGAGCAAAGAAAACGGGAGAGUCUUACUAUGGGCAAUGAAGAUGAGCAUCAGGAAACCAGUCAAGUGGAAGAGGAUAAAACUAAAUGGCAAGAAGUAAAUAAGAGUCUGGCAGAGCUGUUCCAGACUCUUGGCUUGGAAACAGCUUCUCAGAUGAGUGAUGCCUGUACAGAGGUGGAGUCACGGCUGACAUCACUCCCAGAAGGUGAAUUGCCAGAAGCGUUACUGAAUACCAGUCUGAACUCUGAGCAAUGGAAAAAGAUUGAUGACAUCAACAGAGCUCUCUGUAAGGAUUAUGAGUGUCGGCGCCAAAUGAUUAUCAAGCGUUUUUAUGUCACGCUACAAUCCUUUGCUUGGGGAGAGAGGGGAAAGGAACGCAGUGCUGUGCUUUCUUCCAUGGCCCCCUUUUCACCUUCUCCCGAGUCGUUCGUCUCCAUUGCUAUGCUGUUGGCGACCAGAGAGGACGAGUCUCGCAUUAGGCCAGUUAAAGCAGGGCCUUCAACAGCUGUUCACAAGGUACUAAUGGGCAGUGUCCCAGACAGAGGGGGACGUCCAGGAGAGAUUGAGCCACCGAUGCCCAGCUUCACUGGCCGCAGUGAGGGAGGAGGUGGUGGUCAGUAUAGAAAGAGAAGGCGAGAAUAUUCAGGAAAGAAGAAGAAAAAUAAAGAAAAUUAGUGG